CUCUCUCUCUCUCUCCCCCUCGGCCGGUCCUUCCCGUUUUCUCCUCCUUCCAAUCUCCGCCUAUCGUUCUAUUUAUCCGCUCUAUCUCUUUCUCUCUCUGUCCCUCGCUCCCUUCUACGUUCUCCUUCACCUCCCACUAUCCUCUCGCCGCGGUUCCGCGGCGCUUUUCGCGAUCUACCGCGCGCGCGCGGACGCGUUCGCCAGUGGAACGUUUCUAAAAACAUAAUCGUCAGUUGUGAACCUCGCGCGUGCUCGCUCUUUCUUUCCGUCGGCGAGAGACCAUCGAAAUUUGAGGGACACACAACAUAUUUGAGUCGUCAAUACCGACGAAGAGGAAAAACCGGUGAAGACGUCGGCUCGAGAGAGAAAGAGAAGCGAAGGAUCCAAGCGCGUGCGCGCGCGCGCGCGCGCAUACUUCGGCGAACGAGCGGCUGACAACGAGAGGAGAAAACGAAACGCACAGCCCAGCCGCGUCGCUGCAAAAAAGGAACGAAAGCGUGUGCACGACAAGCGAGGAGGCAACUUUACGACUCUCCCGUAAGGAGUGUCGCUCGCUCUCGCGCGUUCUCCGUCUCUCUCUCUCUCUUUCUCUUCUUUACUUUCCUUUCCCUUCCCCGCGUGCACCGCGUCCGUCACUACCGCCCCCACUCGCGACUUCGCGAGAGUCUUUCCUCCCCCUUUGCCUCCUUUCGACAUUUGCUCUCCCACUCGCGUCGUGUCGCCGUCCCCUUCGCUCGCUCGUUUCUUUUAACGCUUCUUCGUUAGUACGUCUCGACUGUCCGCGCUCGUGUGCUCUCCCGCGAUCGGAGAGAGAACCGACCUCCGUCGUCGUCGUCGUCCGUCCAUACCGCGCGACGUCUGUGGACUCGUGCGCGCGCUCUCUCUCUCUCUCCUCUCUCUCUUUCUCCCUUAUUAUUUCUCGUUACUUUCUAUUGCGCUCGGUAUUUCUCUCUCUCUCUCUUUCUCUCUCUCUCUCUCUCUUUCUCUUUCUCUCGUCCUCUCUCGCGCUUGUGUAUCACUGCGUGCCGCGCGCGUCCAACACGCGCCAACAUUCGCCAUUGAAGCCACCGAGUACAAUUUGCGAUGUGUGAUAAUACUAACACGACGACGCAGAGUAUAGCGGACUACCUGUCACAGUUGUUGAAGGACCGGAAGCAACUAGCGGCCUUCCCCAAUGUCUUCAUACACGUGGAGCGUCUGCUCGAUGAGGAGAUCGCGAAGGUGCGGGCGAGCCUUUUUCAAAUCAGCGGGGUGAAAAAGGAGCCGCUCGUAUUGCCGGAUCCCGAAGGCGACAUUACGACCCUCACGGAGAAGGUUUACGUACCCGUUAAGGAGCAUCCAGACUUCAACUUUGUCGGGAGGAUUUUGGGGCCACGAGGCAUGACCGCGAAACAAUUGGAGCAGGAGACAGGAUGUAAAAUCAUGGUCCGCGGGAAGGGGUCGAUGAGGGACAAAAAGAAGGAGGAGCAGAAUCGAGGCAAGCCAAAUUGGGAACACCUGACGGACGAGCUACACGUGCUGCUCACGGUAGAGGACACUGAGAAUCGUGCCACCUUGAAGCUUGCUCGUGCCGUCGAGGAAGUGAAGAAGCUUCUCGUUCCCGUGCAGGCUGACGGCGAGGAUGAGCUAAAGAAGAGGCAGCUGAUGGAGCUUGCGAUCAUCAACGGAACUUACCGGGAUUCGAACACAAAGGUUGCCGCCGCCGCAGCCUGCGACGAGGAGUGGCGGCGGGUGGCUGCCGCCGCGGCGGAGACGCAACGCCUGCUGCCAGGCCUGGCGACGCCGAUACGGACGCCAAGCACGCCCCUGGGCGCGCCGCUGAUCCUGUCGCCGCGGAUAUCCGUACCUACGACCGCCGCGUCCCUGCUGAACGGCUCUGGGCCGCCGGGCUCGCUCCUCUCGGCCGGUGACCCCCAUGGACUCAUCUACACGCCGUACGACUACGCCAACUACGCAGCGCUAGCCGCGUCACCUUUGCUCACCGAAUACGCUACUGCAGAUCAUUCUGUAUUCUUACAGAGUGUUCUGGUAGGACGAGCAAGCUCACCCAGCUGCUGCCACCGUAUUACAAGAGCCUGAGGAGCGUAAUCGAACUUAAGCCGCGAGAGAGGAAAAGAGAGGAAACAACGAGAAAGAAAGAGAAAUAGAGAGAAAGAGGGACCACAGCCAUGUCGCAAAGGUUUUGUGUCUUUCUCUUUCUCUCCUCGUUCUUCGCAUAAUUCCGCAUUCACGAUUGUCGAGUCCAAUAUGACCAGGAGAAUGAGAAAAUGGGCGAAGGAUCUCGUCCUUGCGAAACGUCAUGUUUACCGAACAGUAUUCCGCACGAGUCGCACAUUUAUGACGGCUCUUCGUGUAUUCGGUCGCGUUUCAGCCGUCUCCCCUCGGAGGGGACGAUCGUAGUGAACUACUCUCUCGCGGCCUCUCCAGUGUCGAUUGCGCACCGCAAGCGAUCGCAGCAUAUUAAUCCGCGGUGCCGUCACGAGCAACUCGCGGCGGCACCGCCGGAACCCGUUGCAUAAGAAGAGAAGAGAAGGAGGAGAGGGAAGGUGCUAGAGAGAAUACCACGCGCCUCCGAGUGCUCGGAAAUGUCAUAAGAGAGCAGCGGUUCAUGUGAUAUUUAUGAGAAUCUUCCGCGGAAUCCGUGGAAUUCUGAAUUCUACGGCUUCCAUGAGAGAGAGAGAGAGAGAGAGAGAGAGAGAGAGAGAGAGAGAGAGAGAGAGAGAGAGAUGACUCUCAGGAAAUAUCCUCACUCCUCUUUCUCUUCUUAUGGAACGGAUUCCCCUGGUGUGUCGUUCUCUUUUUUUUUUUCCUUUUCUGUUUACAUUAAUAAUAGCGUCAGGAUUCUAGAUUUUAGAUAGCCGACGACGAGAGCACGGCGUGCGCGGGAUCGCGCACGCGGAAGAGACUGCUCGUUUACACUACUCAUGCUUGUAUUUUGGCGACAGGCGCAGCGGCCGCUGCCAAGCAGCGUAGGCACCUGGGUCAGAUCCGCGAACACCCUUAUCAAAGGGCCGGCGCUCUCUCGUGAACACACGGAGACAGUGCGAUAUGCAAAGAGAGAGAGAGAGAGAGAGAGAGAGAGCGAGAGAGAAAGCGAGAGAGAAAGAGCGAGCGACCGAGCGAGAGAGAGAGAGAGAGAGAGAAAGAGAGACAAAGAAAACAAAUAAGAGAGAGAGAGAGCACUGUUCUCGUGCCACCGCGGAAAGGCUUGGAGUGCUAACAAUGGAUAUCCACUCGCCCCGUGCUAACACCUGGACUCUGGAACAGCAUCCCGCGUUCGAUCGGUUCACCAACCAGCCGACCACCUUCGCCGUCCGCGUCACCAGCCCCGUUCGUCAAGCUUAUCCAUCAUCCUGUAUCCUCUUAAUGUUCGGGACGUAGUUCUUCGCGCGCGCUCGCGCAUUUGCGUGUAAUAAAUGUGAUUAUUAUUACUACGAUAGGACAGGUCGCAGUCGAGCCGAUCGCGCAUCGCGACUCGAGCAACGACCUCUUUUCACGAAGACAUCAGCGUUCAGAAAUUUCAUGAUAUCAUACAUGUGAUGCUAUAAGAGAGUGUGCAGUAGACGGUGCAUAUUCGGAUAUCGUCGGACUCUGUCCUCAGCCGAGCAGCUGAGCGACGUACUUCGGUGAUCACUCUGUUUGCGUAUCUCCGCGAAAAGCUCGACUGCGGACACGAGUACGACGAGUAAAUUUCCCGAUGAGAUUCGCAGGAUACACGCGGACAAGAUCAUGACAGAAUAAUCUAAAAAAACAAAAAGAAAAAAAGAAGGGAAGGGAAAACCGGAGGAAAGAUCCCGCGUGGCGAUCGUGGAGAAAUGAUCUCUCUCAUUGCCAUGAGAGAGAAUCCACGCGGUCUUUCUCGGCGGUAAAACCACACGCGUGGAACUAUUCCGGACUGGUUUUGGAGGCGAGUCAAGUAUGUGGAAUCCGAAUUCCGCGCGACGGUCAUAGCGGCGGCGGCAUAGUUAACAAUAUAGCGUGUAGUUCUAGAUAUUUCGGACGGAUAGUUUAACGGAUACAUUUCACCCGGCCUCCUCGUCGUCGGGUGUCUUGUAGGCUGCGCGACACAUCCGCAAAGUGUUUCAUUUGUUUGUUUGUUUUUUUAUCUUCUCUCUCUUCUCGCGAUGGCGAAAGUGCAACAACGUUGUUCGCGCUUUUUCUUCCUCUCCCCAACCCAGUACUUACGACCACGCACUGGCAUCUCUCGUUGCACCGGAGGUGACAGCGCGAGAAAGAUACGACGAUAACCGUGUAUCUUAAGAAAAAAGGGAAAAUAAAACAGAAGGGGAUGCCGACGUGACAAUCUCGCAAUCUUGGAUACGUAUUUUUACGCGCGUGCGCGCGCGCGUUUUUCGACCAUAACGAUUUCGUCGCGUGUGAGAAAGGAAGAGAGAGAGAGAGAGAGAGAGAGAGAGAUAUAUAUAUAUAUAUAUCUCAGAAAGAAAGAAGGAAAAUUCUGCCCGAGAGAAAAUUGCGAUCGACGCGCGUCUGCGUUUCUCUCUCUUUCUCUCUCUCUCUCUCCCUCUCUCUCUCUUGCUUUUUCCGUCCACGCGACGUCCACAAUCAUGUCGCAAAGAUCGUCGGAAUUUUACGGAAACUCUCUCGCAUAAAUGUGCCUUUUAAUGUUAACGUUACGUGCGCGCGGCCACACGCAAUCGCCGCGAUACCGUUCUUAGAUAGAGCUUCGUUAUCGGUAUAGGCUGUACUGCAACAUAGCGUUAGAACUGUGCAAUCAAAAUUCACUGUCUCUCGUUCAUAUCGUUUUUGGCUAAGGAAGUAUACGAGGAACGCGCUUUUCGAAUCAGGUCGCUUGCGUUUCCCCAAUGGUUUUUCUCGUCGUUGUGCGAAUCUCACAUAAGCAACGGCGACGAAGACCGUUGAAAGACUCCUGUAGCCUAGCAUCGUGAAUAUCCCGAAGAGAAGGCUUCAGGAAGAGGAAACAUCCGUCGUCGAAUACGCGGGUAUACGCAUGAGAUUGAUUUAUGACAUUGUAUAUCAUUUAUGAUAUGUAUAUAUAUAUAUAUAUAUAUAUAUUUAAUAUAUAUAUAUAUGUAUAUCAUGUAUUUAUAUAUACAUGUAUACACAGCCAAAAGUAUUAAGAGAGAAAAAACACGUUAUUCAGAGAGAAAAAUCUUUUUCUCAUUGAUGUGCAAUAAUACGUCGAUGGAGAAAAGAAAAGAAAAGAAAAAAACAAAAGCAGGAUUCGUUCGUUGGUGUUCGUCGAGGUUUAUCGAAUCUCACAUAUGUAAAACGAAAGGAAUGAUGAAAGAAACGAAAUUACAAAGAAACGAUACGUGGGUACAUUUGGUUUUAAUAUGGUUUAGACGCUUUUUCCUCCAUUCACACUUCGAAAGUCACGCCCAAUGGGACAGAACUUAACUUCUGGGGAUGAUUGGAAAACGAGUUCUGCGGUUGAAACUAAGUAUACGUUCAUCGGUGGCGUAGAACGACGACGAACAGAUACGACAGAACAAACACGUGAAUCGGGUGUUCAUGAUCGAUUGUUAUCGCGUUACGCGCCGGGAAAUUAUCUACGAGAUAUUAUAUUUGCAUGUAAUUAUACAUAUAAACGAAAAACAGAUAUAUAUAUAUACAUAUACACACGUAAUCUCUGUCCACAUAUACGUGCAAGAGUGCGUGAGAGAGUGACUUACUUAAUUAUCAAUUUUAUCGUUGUAAUGUAGUCGCAAACAUCUUUCUUUUUUAGGUCUGCCAUACUGUAUAUGUGUGUAACGAUUAAGGAAUUUUCGAGCAGCGCUGCGUUAUUACACGGAAACUCCUGUAUAGUC